GACUUUUUGUUCUUCUAAAAUCUCUUAUUUUUCUAUAGAUCCUCCCUUUCACAUGGCUCAGGAGAUCCUCCUAUAGAUCGAUCUCUUACAUCUAUUUAGAUCCAUAUGAAUAUAUUUAAACUUCCUUCUGAUCAUUGUUAUAUUUGGAAUGGAUCAUUUGAAUUGAAUGAAGGUAUUUAAUUCCAUCUUUCACGGUCAACUUUUCGGCCUUCAUCUCCCCCGUACUACUCCAGGCCUAUGAUCUAACGUCCCGGUAAAUACAAAGGUUUUAACAGGUUUGAUCGGAUGUGAUGAAAGAUACAAUCUUGGAGACAGGCAAAAGAACUGUAUAUUCUUGAUCCAUAUGGAAGACAGGGGAAGCGGCGGAAAGGUCACCGGAAUCCGACAGAUAGUGAGGCUGAAAGAGAUUCUUCACAAGUGGCAAAGCGUCACUCUGGGUCAGAAGAGACCCAAAAAUGACGAUCAUUCAUCUGCUCCGGUGAAUACCCAACAGCCACCGCCACCGCCGCCGUACAACGGGAUAUCUCCUGCGGUAUGCAAGAGGCUGAUGAGCUGCAGCUCCUAUUGCGACUCAGACGAAGAAAGUUGCCAGAGCCCUGACCCACCGCCCGGCGUCCCGAGAGGCUAUUUGGCCGUUUACGUGGGGCCGGAGCUCCGGCGGUUCAUCAUUCCGACUAGCUACCUCAGCGACCCGCUGUUCAAGGUGUUGCUGGAGAAGGUGGAGGAGGAGUUUGGGUUUGACCACAGUGGUGCGCUGACCAUUCCGUGUGAGACAGAGACCUUCAAGUAUCUGCUGAAAUGCAUGGAGAAUCACGAGAAAGAACAGGCUGGAUCUUCACACGCAGUCGAGAAAUGAAUAAUGACCGGUCAAACUCUGAUCUGAUUAAUAAUGAUUGAGUAUUUAGACCCCCAACUUUUCAUUUCCUAUUCGUACUUGCGUUUACUUAAAAUUGGAUUGGCAAGUGGGUGCACAAGGUAAUGUAAUUUCGUGUAAGCAGAUGGCAUGAAUUCUAGUUAUAUUUAUCCGAGAAAUGCUAAAGGUAUCCCAAAUGGGGUACCCCAUUCUUAUCCUGGCCUAAUGUGUGGCCAUAAAUGGAGCAACACAUUUAAGUGAGACAACACAUUUAAGUAUGUGUAUAUAUACAAAAUUUAAUUUCAAUAAAAUGCAUCUUCAGGUAAUCUUGACC